UUCACUCUAUACUCCAGCUCAGCUCAGUUGUAAUGUUAUAAUCAGCUGUUUUCUCACAUGUUAACUGUGAUGUAACAUGAAGUUUCUACUGUUACUUUCGUUAAUCCCUCUUCUGGGGGUCCAGAGCAGAGUUUUGUUUCCUGAGGAAUUAGUUUCAUUCUUAUCCUUUGUAUAUUCUGUUAUUCCUCCAGUCAAAAUAGGUCAAGACAGCAGAGUCGGAGCUGGUUUCCGAGUGGGGCCAAACGCAGAUUUCCAGAUCUUGUUGGAGUUGGGGCCUCAAAGUGAGACUCAGUCAUUGGGGCCUGAUGGGGUUAACACUAGAGAUGCGAGGACUCCCAACCUACGUAAGAGCUUGAAAAGUAAAAAACACAACUUCCAGACAAAGAACAAAACCCUAACUGAAGCUAAAGAGAAACCCAACUCACACACUACUGAAGACAACUCAACUGUAACUAAAACAAUGGAGACUGCAACCCAUAACUUCACUGAAAGUUCCUAAAGUUUCAGAAAUUAAUGACAUUAAUUGUAUUAUGUUGAUAAGUAACUGACAAAAUACUCAAAAGUGUCUGUAUAUUGAAAUAAAAUAUUUUCAUCUUGUUAAAGUUAUAUUUAUGAUCUGAACACAAUAUUUUAUUAAUCAAAUAUCAAGUUGAGAGACAUUGAGAUUAUCUAGUGUUCCAUUUACUAAGUCAUGAACGAUACAUUUGUUGACAUCAGCCCUCACAGUAAAUACAUUAAUUUCAUUCCGGAUGUGAUUAAAAAUCUGUUAUUGAUGUCAAUUGUACAACAAAUUAUAAACACAUUUGUAGGCAUCUUGAAACUAACCAGAAACAAGUCUUUAUAAGUGAAAUAGUUUUAUUGUCAUGUUUCAUGUUUUAUUGAGGUAAAAAAGAGUCAAGUCCAAUUCAACUUUAAUUUUUUUAAUGGUUAUAAACAACAAUUAAUACAUCAAUAAUAUACAACACGUGAUUUUAAUAUGAACGUGGUGUUUUAUUUUGUAUCUCUUUACCCUGCAAGAUGAUUUAUUAUAUUUGUUUAAACAUUUUUUAAGUUGUAAUAAUUCAUGAAGGUGGUUUUAGAAUAAUGUUGCCAUAUGAACAAAAAAAGUAAUAAGGUUAACACACAUGAGAUUCUAUA